AUGCUCGACUUUGGUUACAACAAUUUGACCGGCACGAUCCCAGACGAUAUCGGUAACAGUAGUUCGAUCACUUCGCUCAUUCUACAGCACAACCAGAUUGGCGGGAAGAUCCCGCCCUCGUUAGGAGCAUCCCCGUCUUUGUCUGUGCUCAUCCUCAAUAACAACCGCAUAGAUGGGCAGAUUCCCUGCCCGCUACACUUUCUCCAGCCUCAGCGAAAACCCGCCAAUUGCAACGCGUUCUGCAAAACAUUUUCGUUCGCCGGGCAGUGCGGCGGGCAGGGAACAUGCAUUCCCAAAAGCUCGGUUUCUCAACGGCUGAUGCGGAAUGUGACGUGUGCUUGUAACGAGGGCUACCUGCCCGACCCUAAAGAUCCUUUUGCAUGUCGCGAGGAGGGGGAGCUUUUGGAGCAAAAGGAGGACGUAUUGCGGAAAGAAGCACUGUGGAGGGCGGAGGCGGCGGGGGAAAGCGGAGGAGAGGCGGAGGUGCGGGGAGGGGCGGAAGAGGAGGGGAGAGAGGAAACUGUGCGGGGGGGGGAUUAUCAGGGGGAGGGGGAAGAGGAGGAGGGGGAAGGGCAAUGGGUGUCGGUCGGAGAUUUAGCAGAGCAGGAAGCGGAAACAGGUGGGGCGGAAGGGGGAGAUGAGGUGAGCGUGGGGGAGUGGGGAGAGGUGCAGGUGGGGAGAAGGGCGGGGGAAGGACGGGGGACGGGGGAAGCGGGGGGAGCGGGAGGAGCAGGGGGAGCGGCGGAGGGUAGAGUGGAUAGGAUGUUGAGGGGAAGCUGGGGGGGAGGGAGGGCGGGGGGGGAAAGCGGAAGGAGGUGGGGGGAAGGGGUUGACUGGGGACAAGGGGGGGACGCGCGGAGUGGGGGGAUGUGGAGGAAAAGAUACUCUAACACGAGAUAUGACAGAUAUGACGCGUUUCCGUAG